CCUCCCUCCCUCCCUCUUUUCACUUUCUCUCUCUCACACCGCCAUUUUCAGUCCAGUAUAAAAGUUGUGAUUUUGUUCGCCUUUGUUCACAAAAAAAGAUAAUAUGAAAAUAAAAUGGCAGCGCUGGUUUGGGUUUGGCAGUUUUGAUGGCUCAACCUUUUGCGCUCUCUCACUCUCUCUCUAAACUCGCCCCCGUAGAUAUCUCGUGACAUUUGACGAUAUGGGCCUUCCUUCACUCGAUCUGGGGGGAGAUCUCCUCUCCUAUUCGCAUUAUGCCUCUCUCCCUCUCUUAUCUUCCUCCCACAGCGCCACCCAGUCCUCAAAUGUAGAGUGACCCAUUUUUGGCUAGCUCCAUUUUUGGCAGCCGAAUGUGGGUUUGUCUUUUUUUGUUUUCAAUCAUUUAUUUUCCCCCCAAAAUUCCCCUCUCUGUAAUUUUUCUUGGUAUGGGUUGAUCGAGGGACCGCCGUCUCCAGCUCUGUUUCCGUUUUUGAUCAUCUCCAUCUUUUUGCAUUCCUUUCAAUUGCGGCUUGCUGUUUUAGUCUUUUAGCUCUCUGCAACUCACAGUUCCGUUUAGUUCACCGGAGGGGGAAGGAAAUCCCAGGCAGGCCAGUAUUUCUCUGUCGUGUAUUGAAGGCUUGCAUCAUGCCGAAUAGGGGCGAGGAAAAGCGAAAGACAAAGACUCGUCGAGAGUCGUCGGGGGAUGAAGACGGGAAUAGUGUGGGGAAAUGUGAUGCAGCCAGUGCUCUAAAGAAGGGGCCAUGGACUUCUGCGGAAGAUGCAAUUCUGAUGGAGUACGUUACAACUCACGGAGAAGGCAACUGGAAUGCAGUCCAGAGGCACUCUGGAUUGUCGAGGUGUGGGAAAAGCUGCAGGCUCCGCUGGGCGAAUCAUCUAAGGCCCGAUUUGAAGAAAGGCGCAUUUUCUCCAGAGGAAGAGGGGCUUAUUAUCGAGCUUCAUGCCAAGAUGGGCAACAAAUGGGCUCGCAUGGCUGCCGAGUUGCCUGGACGAACAGAUAACGAGAUAAAAAAUUACUGGAACACAAGAAUCAAAAGACUGCUACGUGCUGGACUCCCUAUCUAUCCUCCUGAUGUAUGCUUGAAAGUUCUUGAAGGAAAUUAUGAAACUCAAUGCAUGGAUAGAAAUGAGACAACUGGUGGCGACCCAGUGCAGAAGGAUCACAGAGAGAUCCCAGAACUGGUCUUCAAAAAUUUCAAAAUCAACCGGGGAGUUCUCUCUUAUCUGCCAAACCUUCUCGAUGUCCCAGGAAGCAACAUUCUGAAACAAGAUGGUUUUGGUUCGAGCAAUAACUAUGGCUUCAUGCUCCCAACACUACCACCUCCAAAGCGACUGAGAACUGCUACAGAAGACAGCAUUUUCCGUGAUGUAGUAGAUGUUGGUGGUGUCACUGGCCUCCCAACACCUUUCAGUCAGCUUACUACAGAUUAUGCUGCUGGUGAGAGGACCCCAGACCCGUUUGCUUUAUCCUCUCCAUAUGAUUCUUCUGAUGUCAAUCUUACUACUUAUGAUGGGCAGCCACCAUUGGCUGCUCUUUCAGGCAGUCAUGCCUUCUUAAAUGACGACUCUUCUUCUUCUGAGCCCAUAUCCGGGGCAAUGAAGUUGGAGCUCCCUUCACUCCAAUAUACAGAUACUCAUCAGCUGGACAGCUGGGCGGCGAUGACCCCAACUGCUUCCCCUUUGCUUCCAGUUGAGUCUGUUGAUACCAAUACUUUGAUCCAAUCUCCUCCACCGAUGACACAGCCACCUCAGUCACUGGGUUGUCUCUCGCCAAGAAGCAGUGGUCUCCUGGAAGCAGUACUCUACGAAUCACUGACCCUCACAAACAUGAACUGCUCAGCGAACGACCAAGCUUCCGUGGCUGUUUCUAUGGAACACCAAUUGCCCUAUAAUUCCAGGAAGAGAGAUUGGGGAAUGCAAGCUGACCCAAUCUCACCAUUGGGUCAUUCUGCUGCAUCAGUGUUCAGCGCAUGCACGCCCAUGAGUGGAAGCUCGUCCGACGAACCAGGGUGUGAAAUGAAGCAGGAGAUGGGGAGCCAAGUAUCGUCCCCGUAUGGGGAGGAGAAGCAAACUCCUGCUGGUACAGACUGCAUGCAAAUAGAGUUCAACAGGCCAGAUGUGUUACUUGGCUCGGGCAGCUAUUUCGGGUUAAGCUAUGGUGGUUGCCUCGAAAUGGGUGAACCAACUGCUACUGCUCAAACUGAUGCAGCAGGGGGCGGUUGAAGCCUGAAGUUAGUAACCAAAGAACAUGAGCCAAGCAAGAGAACAGUAGCAAACCAGGAGCAAACAACGUGUGAAUGGAUCAAGAAUAAGGUUGUUUGUUUAACCUUGUUUGUUGGAUUACAUUUUCGAGCUUUUAGUUGUUAGCUGGGAGAGUGUUUUGUUUUGGUUUCCAUCUGUGAAUACCGAGUUGUUCUGUGAGUCAUGCAUGUUAUGAGGAAAACUUUCCAGUGGAUGGAUAGUCUUUUGCAGGAUAGUGAGAUAGACGCUGUCUCCAGUGCCAUGGAUGCUUUUGGCUGAUAUCCCAUUUUCAUCGUCAUCUCUGGAAGUACAACUGUCCAUUUUGCCUUUUUUCCCUUCCAAGUUACUGAAACAAAACAAGAGUAUCAUAUCCAAAAGGUCCUCGUCUGUUUUACCCUUUAUUAUCUACCUUAACUAUUAGCCAUUAGGGCAACCUUUCCACAGAGAGUACUUUGAACAGGAUUUACCGUGAAAUAAAAGAUUGUGGUGAUUGGAAGAG